AUGUGUAGCAGGCCGCACGGCGACGUGCUGCGGAGCCGGGAGAUCCGCCUGGUGCCCGUGGCGGAGCUGCGGGGGCUGCGAGUUGGUCCAAAGCUUGUCCAGUAUGUCGUAAAAGUCAUUGUGCAGGCGAUACAGUUACUGUACACAAUGCUGACAAUAGAUCAGCCAUCCUAUAUUCUCCUUCAGAAUCCUCCAGGCUUACCUGGUAUAGCUGUUGCCUGGGUAGCAUGUCUUUUCUGGAGAAGCAAAUUGAUAAUUGAUUGGCACAACUAUGGAUAUACUAUAAUGAGUCUGAAUCAUGGAAGAAAUCACCCGCUAGUACAAAUUGCAAAAUGGUAUGAAAAGCUUUUUGGGCGUUUGUCUGACUACAACUUGUGUGUCACUAAUGCAAUGAAAGAAGAUCUGUGGGUGAAUUGCAACAUAAAAGCAGUAACACUGUAUGACAAGCCAGCCUCUUAUUUUAAGGAAACGCCAUUAGAACUUCAACAUCGUUUGUACGUGAAACUUGCCAAAGACUAUGAGCCUUUUAAACCACGUACAGAGUCUGUCAGUUCGAAUGCUGAGAGGUCUGCCUUUACAGAAAUGGAUGAAAAAAAUGGGCACGUGAUAAAAACCAGAGGACGGCCAGCUCUUCUCAUCAGCAGCACAAGCUGGACAGAGGAUGAAGACUUUUCAGUCCUUUUAAAGGCUUUAGAAGCUUAUGAGCGGUAUAUCAACGAAGGAGUCAAGCUUCCGUCUUUAGUAUGUGUGAUAACAGGUAAAGGACCUCUAAAAGACUACUACAACGGACUGAUAAAUAAACUGCACUUUAAGCAUAUCCAGAUCUGUACACCGUGGCUUGAAGCUGAGGAUUACCCUCUUUUGCUUGGCUCAGCAGACCUGGGGGUAUGUCUCCAUAAAUCAUCUAGUGGGUUGGAUUUACCGAUGAAGGUGGUAGAUAUGUUUGGCUGCUGUUUACCUGUGUGUGCAAUAUAUUUUGAAUGUUUACAUGAACUUGUGAAACACAAUGAAAACGGUCUGAUCUUCAGGGACUCAAAUGAACUUGCAGAACAACUAAAGAUGCUUUUCCUGGGAUUUCCUACACUGGAAGGCAAACUUCACAACUUCAGAGAAAACCUCCGUGCAUCCAAGCAGCUGCGCUGGGAUGAGAGUUGGGACCAGACUGUUCUUCCUUUGCUUGGGCAGAAUGAAUGACUUUUUGGGGGGGUGCGAUGGUGUCGAGAAGGCAAAUGCAUUCCUGGAGCUGCACAGAUUUGAUAAAUAGUGAAUAAACACUU